AUGAUGCUCGACUUUGUACUUUUCAACUCACUUUCCAGUGAGAACAGUCAAAAGAGCAUCCGGGCCUGUGCUGUCAAUUCUGACGAUACGGCGCUUUCUAUCAGCAGUGUCUCAUGCGAGGCCUCUGCUGGUACCACUGUGAGCGUCACUGCAAGCUUACAAGUGGCCCAGACGAAGUCAAGUGGUUCUUCAAGUGAGGUGUCAGAUAUUGUCGCUGUAACUCAAGAUCUCGAGAAAUAUGUCAAGCAACAAGCCUCUUGUAAUAAGACCACUGCCUUUGCCACAUCUGGCAAGGCCGCGGUUGGUAUCUACGUUGGCUCUGAGAUACAAAGACAGGGCUUGGUAGAUACCGCUGUGAAAGAAUUUGUCGCUGCAUUGAAGGAAAGCAACUCGCCCGAUACAUUCCUCCUGAGACUCUGCGAUGAAACUCGUAGUAGUCGUUAUGGAUUUGGAAUAAUUGCCGAUGCUACUGGUGACAUUGCUGCGGUUCAACAUGCGGUCCAAUCAUGGACCAAGGGCGAUUGUGUGACUUCUUUUGGAGACUCUUCAGACCGGAAGAAUAUCACCUUCUCUAUGCAAGUCCCGCACCAAGUUCCGGCCUCCACAAUCCAACCCUCUGCAAGUCAUGCAGCUCGCUCUCUGCACCCUCGAUCGAUUUGUUCCACCGCUCAGGUUCAACUUGGACAAUUAUGUGGUGAUCUAGCAACGGCCUGUGGUAUUACCCUCUCUCAGCUCUAUGAGUAUAACUCAGGCUCCACCACAUGGUGCAACAACUUGAUACCAGGCCAGCAUGUCUGUUGUACCUCAGGCACACUCCCUGACUAUACGCCUUCAAAGUACUCCAACGGUACCUGUUAUACCUAUACCGUUCUGCAUGACGAUACCUGCCAGGGUCUAUCAGCUGCCUAUGACAUAGAUGCUGAUGAUAUUGGAAAAUGGAACAAAGAAACGUGGGGCUGGUUCGGUUGCAAUGAUCUUCAAAUUGGGGGCUAUAUCUGCCUUAGCGAUGGUUCCUCCCCUAUGCCCGCUCCGGUCGCCAAUGCUGUCUGUGGUCCUCAGGUCCCUGGCACAAUAACCCCGCCCUCGGGCACAAAUUUAUCCACAAUGAACGAAUGCCCACUAAAUGCCUGUUGUGAUGUUUGGGGACAAUGUGGCACAACAGACGAAUUUUGUACCAUCACUGAAUCCAGUACUGGAGCACCUGGCACUGCGAAGAAUAACACAAACGGCUGCAUCUCGAACUGUGGAACUUCAAUUGUCAAAUCCGAUGCCCCUUCAGAAUUUAGGAAAGUCGCAUAUUUUGAAGGCUACGAUCAAAAACGUCCCUGCCUGAGCGCCUCCGUGGUGAGCAUUGCUACUAAAGACUAUACACAUGUUCAUCUCGGAUUUGCUACUAUCACCUCCGAUUUCAAAAUCAAUGUGUCCGAUAUCACAGGACAGUUCAAUACUUUCGUCAAUCUGGACACCAACUGGAAGAAGAUUCUUUCAUUUGGUGGCUGGGACUUCUCUACGAACUUGGACACAUACGAUAGAUUCCGCCAGGCUGUGACUGAGGAUAACCGUGCUACCUUUGCCUCCAACGUUGUCGCUUUUGUGGAAAAGUAUAACCUUGAUGGCGUUGACUUCGAUUGGGAAUACCCUAGCGAGCCGGAUAUCAAGUACAUUCCGGCUGGUAGUUUGCAAGAUGGUAUCAACUAUUUCAUGUUCUUGAAUGAGUUGCGGUUACAGUUCCUGGAAUCCUCUAAGCCUGGAGCAUCCAUCUCAAUUGCUGCCCCUGCCUCAUUCUGGUACUUGCAAGGUUUCCCAAUCCAGGCUAUUGGCCAAAUCGUCGACUAUAUCAUUUUCAUGACCUACGAUCUCCAUGGACAAUGGGACUACGACAACAAAAACGCCCAGAUUGGCUGCCCUGCCGGAAACUGCCUGCGAUCCGCUGUGAAUCUCACGGAAACCAUUAACGCCUUGUCAAUGAUCACCAAGGCUGGCGUAGCUUCAAGCAAGAUCAUGGUUGGUGUCACUAGCUAUGGCCGAUCUUUCCAAAUGACAACGCCAGAGUGCUAUGACCCAAUGUGCACCUACACUGGACCCGAAUCUGGGGCAUGGAAGGGUUCAUGUACCGAUACCGCUGGAUAUCUCGGCAAUGCGGAGAUUUACUACGCGCAGUCUACCAUGUCCGACUCAAUCUACUUUUUUGAUGCGGAUAGUUACUCCGACACGCUGAAUUUCGGAGACACGCAGUGGGUAGCCUGGAUGAGUGAUGGAAAUAAGGCGGUCCGAACAGCACUGUAUGAGAGUCUCAACUUUGGUGGCACAACGGAUUGGGCAGUGGAUCUCGAAGGAGACGAGAGUACACUCGAAUCCCAGUGCAAAUCUUUGAGUGCAGCCACUGGAUCUUCCUUCCCAAGUUGUACCUCCAAGACUUCCACUACGGGUUGUAUUGCUGGCACUGGCGAUGUUAACUACAAAGAUUUGUGCGAGUUCAGUUGCCAGUACGAUUUCUGCCCGAGUCCCAUGUGUACCUGCACCGAGAAGGGUACAAUUAUUUCUACUUUAAUUUCAGCCACUGGCAGCUACUGCCCAGUCUCCACUUUGGACACCAGUUAUUCUGGCCUUUGUGCCUUCAGCUGCAAAUAUGGGUACUGUCCAGAAGACUAUUGCGAGCAGAUGACAAGCUCAACUUUCUACUCCUGCGACAACCCCAUGUCAUUGGAACUGCUUGAUGCUAAUUUCACAAGUGAUGCAAGCUGUGCUGACGUUGGUGCCUGUAAGCCAUUUUCCUUCAUAUUAUCCUAUUAUUGGACAGUGCUCUUGCAUUUUCAUGUUGUGGAGGAACUGAUUGCUGACCUUGUUCCACAAUUUUAG